AUGAACCGCCUCGCUCUCCGCGUCGCCCGUCUCCCGCCCAUCUCCACAUCCACGAUCAAGACCGGGGUAGCCCUCCCCGUCUCGGCCCGACGACACUAUGCCUCCUCAGCCCCCAAAGAAGCCGAGCAACCUUCUGCUCAGUCCGGAGGCUCUCGCUCAAAGGAUGCCAAGGAGCAAGCCGAGAAAGCCUACCAGGUCGACACCGGGAACGAUCCCUCUACCGACCGCCUAGCUGGUGACGGCGCGAAGGGCCGGACCGGUGGAGGCAAACCUCUCGAGAGUUCCGAGAACCCACCUCCUCAGCCCAAGAUCACCAACGCCAGCGUUCCAGGCCAAGGCAGGGACAAGCUCACCAAGGAGCAGCAGGAGGAAGUAGACAGGCACAACGCCGAGUUUGAGAAGAAACACGAUCGAGCGAGCCCUGCAGCAGAAGACAAAGUCGACAAAAAUUACUGGAAGGGCCAAGGAGGUGUUGACGGGCAUUGA